AAAUGUAUUUUGAGAGGGCUGAGAGCCCCCAGAAGAGGAAUCAGAAUCGCGAUUUCAAUAUUUUGUUGUAAUAAAUAUUAAAAAAUUUCCAAAAGCGUAGCAGUGGCAAAGGAAGGAAGGGGAAUAACAAUUAGCAUAGUAAAGGAAAAGAAAGCAGAGGAAAGGAAAGCAGAGCAGCCUCCUCCUCCAAAGCAAAAACCCCCAUAAACCCCUCACUCACUCUCUUGUUUCCGCCAUUCAUCACUGUCAGAAAGAAAGAGAGAGAGAGAGAGGAGAGUAAGGGAAUGGCGGCUCAGCUACCAGAACACUUCAAGUGUCCGAUUUCACUCGAAAUAAUGUCCGACCCAGUCAUACUCUCCUCCGGCCACACAUUCGACCGCUCCUCCAUACAGCGCUGGCUCGAUGCAGGCCACCGCACCUGCCCAAUUACCAAACUGCCCCUCCCGGAUCAUGCCUCCCUCAUCCCCAACCACGCCCUCCGCAGCCUCAUUUCCAACUUUACCCCUCUCACUCCAACUCCAAUUCCCAAUCCCUCACCUCCCCACCCCCAACCCGAAACCCUAAUCUCUUCCCUCACCUCCUCCGCUUCCUCUUCUUCCUCCAAGCUUGACUCGCUCCACAAACUCACUCGACUCGCCAAGCGCGACUCUCCUGCGUCGACUCCCACGACCACGAUUCCCUCCGCGAGAACGCUCUCUCUUUGCUUCUCAUUCUCAGCCUCGACGACCACAACAAGGUUGGACUCGUCGCCGAGGGAGUCGUUGCCCGCCUCGUCGCCGUCAUCUCCGGAACGGCUGCAGGAAAUCCAUCCCCGGACUGCCGCGCGCUCGCAGCCACCACACUCACAAGCCUGGCCGUCGUGGAGGUCAACAAGGCCACAAUCGGCGCGUACCCUCACGCGAUCGAGUCACUCGUGGCCCUCGUAAGGGACGGAAAGGGGAGAGAGAAGAAGGAAGCAGCGACGGCGCUCUAUGCUCUCUGCUCCUUCCCGGACAACCGGCGGAGGGCGGUGGAGUGCGGCGCGGUGCCUGUUCUUCUCCGGAGCGUGGAUUGCGGCUUGGAGAGGGCCGUUGAGGUUGUUGGAGUUCUUGCAAAGUGUAAGGAAGGGAGGGAACAGAUGGAGAGGUUCCAUGGAUGCGUUCAGAUUCUGAGUCGGGUUCUGAGGAAUGGAAGCUCAAGAGGGGUUCAGUAUGCUCUCUUGGCUCUUAACUCGUUGUGUUGUGGCAGUGAAGUUGCUUCUAUGGAAGCCAUCAGAGAAGGCCUUUUGGAAACAUGUCUUGGCUUUCUGGAAGAUGAUAACGAGAAAGUGAGAAGGAAUGCUUCCGCUUUGCUUCAGAAUCUGCGUGGCAACAAUAGGAUCAGCUGAUCAAUGUGGAUUUGGGAAUGAAAAAGAAAAACAAAAAGUCAGUUUUGAUCAGAAAUUUAAGUUAAGGAGAUUUGUUGUCCUCUAUGGAGGUGAGUUUGGGUUUCUUCUUCUCUCUUUUUUAUUUUUCUGUUUUUUUUU